AAGAGAGAAGAAGAAUACAGGGGAGAAGAGGCUGAUUCAUUUCACAAAAUUGGCUAGGAAGGCAAAGUACGGCAUAUAUCCUAAACCUAGACACGUGCCUCAAUAGGUAAAUGGUUUUCUCAAAAGAAUAGUGGACCUAGAAGUAUUGAUCCAAGCAAUGUUCUCAGUGUCAUGAUGAAUGACCAGCAACUUUAGCAAGAAGCAAAACAAAUAAGGAGAGGAUUGACAUUAAUGACAGAGGUGAAUAGAGAAGAGCUAAUGGGCAAAAAUAUGAGAUUGAAUGGAAUUCCAAAGGUCAACCAAUCAAGGCCAAUAGAAAUAAACUGAUCAGUUAUAUAGGGUUGUGGCUAAGGCGAAUGUACCCAUUACAAUUAGGAAUUGGCUUGGUGUUGAUCAAACAAUGAAAAAUAAUAUUUGGGAACAAGUAGAGUCAACAUUUGAAAUUGAUGCCAGUAGGAAGAAGUAUGUCCUCCAACAAGCUGAGAAGGCAUUGCGGGCUUUUGGUACUUUGUUGGAAUGAAGUAUAUUAAAAAUCUGGUGGAACCAUCAGUCCUGAGGUUCCAAAAUUAUUAAGACCAUUGAUUGCACAACAACAAUGAGACGAAUUUGUUGCUCAAUGUUCCAAGAGCAAUUCCAAGAAUUGAGUAACCAAAAUAAGCAGUUGCAUGAGAAAAACCUAGACUCUUAUAAGAAAGGGCACCUAGGGUAUGCAGGCAUUGAGCAGCAAUUGAUAGAGCGAGAGGCUGCAGAACCAAGUUUAGCAAGCCAGACUAGCAAAGAAAAAAAUGUAGAUGAUGAACAUUUUCAAGAAGUUAAUAACAGAUGUGCUGUUAUUUCUUCUGAAGUCAAAAAAGGCGACUUGCCAAAGGAUAAAGAUAUCUUGGGCAAAGCAUUGGGUAAUCCUGACCAUCUUGGUUGGGUAAGGGGUAACAACUUUACAAAAAAGCAAAUAUUAAAACAACACAGAGAAGUCAAAGUCCCAAGAUAAGGCUCUUGCAACUGAGGUUGCCGAGCUGAGAGCAGAGUUAGCUAGGCAACAGGUAAUGAUUGAGGCCUUGUUAAAGGCCCAGGAGAUGCAGCAAGAGACAAUGCACAUUAGCGCUAAUAAGGAAGACAGUUACACUGUAGAUCGGCCUGCUAAAGAGCAUCUUGAAGAUGGGAUCAAAUAUGAGUUGUUGGCAAAUAGCCCAAAUCGCCACACAGUUGCAAUUGGUCGAGUUUACUCGGGAGACAUUGCACCUAAUAAGCCACUCCCUGCGGACCAUGUAUGGGUUUAUAUUGAGAAGGCUAUUGAUGCCAGCUAUAAAUUGCCUGUUCCCAUCAAGAACAAGGAAACUGUAGGAGAGUCCAAAGGGAAGAGCCUAUCCAAACAGUUUGGGCACUCAUCAAAAAUUGUUGCCUCUACGGUGAUGCCAACGCAUAAGCCUCAAUUGUCAAACAAAUAUCAAACUGCACUUGACGUUUAUGCAAAGAUGUAUAGGUCUAAUCCUCCAGUUAUGAAUAUCCAAUUUGAUCAAGGAAUAUACGGCACUGAACGAGUGGAUAUGCUUUCACUUGAGUUGGUAGAUGAAGUCUUGAAUCACGAAAUGACUAGCAUCCCUGUUCUUAGUUGUUAUAUAAGGUACUUGUAUGAUAAAUUCAUAAUUCCUCGUGGCCUGCAAACGAAGUUCCUCUUUGUUAGUCCCCACGAUGUAGGUGCUCAUGCUAAUAUUAAGAAGGAAGAUUUUGAAAAUCAAGUCAAGUAUUUAUCUGAUAAUUUUCUGUCAAGGGCUGAUAAGGAGACGUUAUUUUUGGUACCUUACUCUCAAGGGGACCAUUGGAUAUUAAUUGUCAUUGAACCAGCUGCUGCAAACUCCAAGGGUAUAUUAUCUCGAUUCUCUUGGUGGGAAACCAGAAACGCAAAGGAUGUUAUUGGAAUUAAUUAAUAAGUCAGUUGUGUUAUAUCGCACAGCCAACAAUCUAACAAUACCAGAGUUUAAAUCCUACAACCUGACCUACACUUGGAAGACAAUAAAGUGCCCAAGACAAAAGCCAAAUACGGUGUAUUGUGGUUAUUGCUUGAUGAGGUUUAUGAAGGAGAUUGUUACCCAUGGCCAGAGUACAAUUCCUGGGACAUAUUAUGAGGACUCAUACACAUGUGAAUACGAGUAAGUACAAAUAUGA